ACGAAUUUGAUGGCGAAUCUGGGAAGAUCAUUCCCAGGAUAUUCACCAAACGACCCAUUUAUUGAAAUCGAAGACAAACACUUUUCCGGUGAACACACCAAUCAGUUUCCAUCAUAUUCCGGUAAUCUCCGGGGAAACACAGCAAAAGUAAACACUUACGGCCAUUCUACAACCACUUCUACUAAAGAAUCAGAGCUAGGUGAAUACAACAGUGGCCAACUCACCCCGAAAGAGGUUCGGGUCUCAUUCAACGAUGCAGCUAGACCGCGAUCAGCUGGACAGCGGUCUACCCCUAGUCGAAGCCGUCGCAGCAGUACUGUCAUCGGUCGUAGCGGAGAACAAGUGGUGAUUUGUUCAUCUAAUGGUGGAUUUAAAAGAAACUCCACUUUGAUGAGAAUGAAAACUAAAUCAAGGUUAAUGGAUGAGCCAGAGAUUGACCAAAGAUCGUCUCAAAAGACACCAAGAUCAAGUCAUCAAGGAAAAGGGUUUUCGGAUAUUGAAGAAGAUGAAUUCUCUUUGUUUGAUGAUAUGCCAGAUGAGUACAAGAAGUUAAGGUAUAACAAAUGGACUUUGCUUCAGUUAACCAGCUUGAUAUUAAUCAUUGCUGCUUUGAUAUGCACACUUGCAAUAACAAAUUUUAGAAACAAAAAUUUAUAUGGUCUUGAAUGGUGGAAAUGGGAAGUUAUGAUACUUGUUGUAAUAUGUGGGAGGUUGGUAUCUGGAUGGGGGAUUCAGAUGAUCGUGUUCUUUAUCGAACGAAGCUUCUUACUACGAAAAAGAGUUCUCUAUUUUGUUUACGGGUUAAAAAAGGCGGUUCAGAACUGUAUUUGGUUGGGUUUGAUCUUGAUUGCUUGGCAAUGCAUAUUCGAUAAGAAGGUCGAACGCGUGGCAUAUGGGAAGAAGGUUUUGCCGUAUGUAACGCGGGUUUGGAUAUGUCUUUUGGUGGGGACUAUUAUUUGGUUGUUGAAAACUUUGGUGAUCAAAGUUCUUGCUUCGAAUUUCCACGUCAGCAAGUAUUUUGAUCGGAUUCAAGAUUCGUUGUUUAAUCAAUACGUGAUAGAAACGCUUUCAGGCCCGCCUGUGAAUGAGAUUCGGCAAGAACAAGAGGAGGAAGAAUGGAUGAUGGAAGAGAUUGAUAAGCUUCAGAAUGUGGAUGCGAGUUUACCAAUGCCGCUUAAGGCGAAUAUGUUUACCGGUUAUAAAAGCGUUGGUACACCGAGAUCGAGCAAUGGAAAGACGGGUAAAAGUGAGGGUGGUAGUCCUAAGAAGCAUGACAAUAUAAUCACCAUUGAUCACUUGCAUAAGAUGAAUAAGAAGAAUAUAUCUGCUUGGAAUAUGAGUAGGAUGAUGAAUUCUAUAAACAGGAGCAUGUUAAGUACUUUGGAUGAACAAUUGGAAGAUUUUGCCGAUGAUGGCGAUGAAGAUGAAGGUUCCACACAGAUAACAAGCGAAACACAGGCUAAAAUCGCAGCCAAGAAGAUAUUUUGCAACGUUGCAAAACACGGUUCCAAACAUAUUUAUAUUGAGGAUUUGAUGCGUUUUUUGGGCAAUGACGAAGCUUUAAGGACAUUUCGACUCUUUGAUGGAGGAAAUGUGACUAAAGGAAUUAGCAAACGAACUCUCAAAAACUGGGUGAUUAAUGCAUUCCGAGAACGUAGAGCACUUGCACUAUCACUCAACGACACAAAAACAGCCGUCGACAAUCUUCAUCAAAUGUUAACGGUUUUCGUAGGAAUCAUAAUAAUCGUGAUUUGGCUUCUUAUCCUUAAAGUUGCGACCACCCAUUUCUUCUUCUUCAUAUGCUCACAACUACUUUUGGCAGCUUUUAUGUUUGGAAACGCAUGUAAAACAACAUUUGAGGCCAUUAUUUUCUUGUUCAUUGUGCAUCCUUUUGAUGUUGGCGAUCGAUGUGAGAUCAAUGGUGUUCAGAUGAUAGUUGAGGAGAUGCACAUAUUAACAACGAUCUUCCUAAGAUAUGAUAAUCAGAAAAUAGCAUAUCCAAACAAUGUUUUGUCUACCAUGCCCAUUGCUAAUUACCAUCGUAGUCCUGAUAUGGGUGAUGCCAUUGAUUUCUGCAUCCAUGUAUCAACCCCUACCGAAAAGGUUGCUAAAAUGAAGGACAUGAUAACAAGCUAUGUCGAGGACAAGAGUGAGCAUUGGCAACCUGGGCCGAUGAUAGUCUUAAGAGAUGUCGAGGAUUUGAAUCGGCUCAAAAUAUCAAUAUGGCUUUCGCACCGAAUGAAUUUUCAGGACAUGGGUGAAAGAUGGAAACGAAGAGCUCUUCUAGUCGAGGAGCUUAUCAAGAUUUUCAAAGAUCUUGACAUUGAGUACCGUAUGCUCCCAAUGGACAUCAAUGUUCGCAAUUUACCAGCCUUGGGUUCUAAUCGGUUUCCAUCAAAUUGGACAACUUGUGCAAACUGAUCAAUAUGCCCCGGGGUGAAGAAAAGCGAAAUCUGAAUCAAAUAUUAUACUCUAAUACACGUAUUAAUGUCGUAAAAUAGUGAAUAAGCAACUGAUUGUUAUUGGUGUUAUGUUUUUA